AUGCCGCAGUUGGCAGCGCGUGAGUCUCAUAACCCCAAGGUUUUGUGUGGAUUCCAUCGCAUGUUGGAAUCCCUAGGCAUGGUCAUGCUGAUCGCCGGGCAAAUCAUCCCCAACCUGUCAAGCAGUCAUCACCAACCUGCCAAUCAGUCAUCCCCAACCUGCCAAGCAGUCAUCCCCAACCUGCCAAUCAGUCAUCCCCAACCUGCCAAUCAGUCAUCCCCAACCUGCCAAUCAGUCAUCCCCAACCUGCCAAGCAGUCAUCACCAACCUGCCAAUCAGUCAUCACCAGCCUGUCAAGCAGUCAUCACCAACCUGCCAAUCAGUCAUCCCCAACCUGUUAAGCAGUCAUCACCAACCUGCCAAUCAGUCAUCCCCAACCUGUCAAGCAGUCAUCACCAACCUGCCAAUCAGUCACCCCCAACCUGCCAAUCAGUCAUCCCCAACCUGCCAAUCAGUCAUCCCCAACCUGUCAAGCAGUCAUCCCCAACCUGUCAAGCAGUCAUCCCCAACCUGUCAAGCAGUCAUCACCAACCUGCCAACUUGCCAUCACCCAUCAACCAACCUGUUAAACCUUUCAUGAGUCAUCACCUAACUGUCAACUUGUCACCACUCAUCACCAAAGUGCAUUUCCGACGACUAAUUAGCGCAUAUGCAAAUUUCCACCCGACAAGCAGUAGCCCAUCAGACGAGAAGCAAUCAAGCGCAAGCAAAAGCAGAUCGCAGAAGCAAGACGAACCAAGCAACAGCAAUCUGGCAAGCAAGUAUUAG